AUAUAACGCUUCCCUCCUUGAAGAAGGCAGGAUUAUGCGCAGACUGCAGCACGACCGUGUGGUAAAACUACUAGGUAUAAUUCUGGAAGACGGAAACUACUCACUUGUGAUGGAAUAUGUGGACCGGGGAAACAUGAUGAAAGUGCUACAGAAACACUCGCUGCCUUUGUCAGUGAAAGGGCGUUUCGUGCUGGAGAUCGCAGAAGGGAUGGUUUAUCUGCAUGAGCAAGGCUUUGUACACAAAGACCUAAAACCAGAAAACAUCCUUGUGGAUGCUGACUUCCACAUUAAGAUUGCAGAUCUUGGUGUUGCCUCCUUUAAGAACUGGAGUCGGCUGACCCAAGAAGAGACUGUCCGACAGAAGCAGAUCAAGAGCAGUUGCCAGAACAAUGCUGGGACUCUUUUCUAUAUGGCCCCAGAGCAUUUACGCUGUCUUAAUGUAAAACCUACAGAGAAGUCAGAUGUUUACAGCUUCGGCAUAGUGAUCUGGGCAAUUUUUGCUAACAAAGAGCCAUAUGAAAAUAGUAUAAAUGAAGCCCAGAUUUGCUUUGGCAUCAUGAAUGGAAACAGACCAGACAUAGAGGAGAUUAUUGAUAAAUGUCCGGUGGAAAUUAUUGACUUAAUGAAACAAUGCUGGGAGCAAGAGCCUGAGAAACGCCCAACCUUUGCAGAAAUUAGUAAAAAAUAUAAGCCAUUUUACUAUCAAAACCUAGGGAAAACUAUUGAAGAUGAUCUGAAGGAAUUAAAA